UAGUCAUUAUCAGAAAUCACUAGAAUUAACUAGAGAUAAAGACCCUCUCAAAAUAUUUUUUUAUCUAUUCUACAACAAAAAAUAUAAAAACUCAAUAAUUAAUCAGAUCUUUCUUUUUAAUAGAUAAUUUUUUUCAAAAUAAAUGAUCAUGAAUGCGAUUAAAUUACUACAGCUAUUUUUAUUAGUUGCUACCAUAGAAAAAAGUGCAACAAGAAGCUUCAAAGACGAUGGUACCAUAGUACAUCUUGACGAAGGAAAGAUUCGAGGACACAUACUUAAAAGUGAAAAUGGUAAUGAUUAUUACGCUUUUCAAGAAAUCCCGUAUGCCGAACCACCUGUAGGGGAAAACAGAUUUCAACUACCCAAACUACCGAAGCCUUGGACUGGUGUUCUUGAUGCUACUAGAAAUACCAAAAUUUGUUUUCAGGAUAUACCACUAUAUAAGAACCUUGAAAUAAGUGAAGAUUGUCUAUAUAUCAAUGUUUACACGCCAGAACAACCAGGCAGCAACAAACGGCUUCCCGUUUUGCUAUGGAUCCACGGAGGAGCAUUUGCCUUGGGAGGCGGCACAUUUGAGUACGUUGGACCAAAAUAUGUAAUGGAUGCUGGAAUUGUCGUUGUGAGCUUCAACUACAGGCUUGGUCCUUUCGGAUUUGUUGGCACUAACGAUGGAGUUAUUCCCUUAAAUCUUGGACUUAAAGAUCAGAAGUUGGCUAUGGAAUGGGUGAAUAAAAAUAUUCAUUUGUUUGGCGGAAAUCCCGAUCAUGUAACUAUAGCUGGUCAAAGUGCAGGAUCUAUAUCAGUUGGAUAUCAUCUUACAGGACCGUGGGAGAAUGACAAACAAUUGUUCCAUGCUGCAAUAAUGCAAAGCGGAAGCCCAGUCUCAGGUUGGCUCACACAGGAAGAUGAAACCAGCUCGGCCUUAGCACUUGGUAGGGCGGUGGAUUCUCACUUUGCUACUAAAGAUACAAAGGAAUUGUUAAAAGUGCUACAAAAAGCAAAGGCUCGAGAUAUUCUAUACGCCCGACCUACAAGUGGAGUAUCCACCGAAGCAGAAGGACCGUUUUCAUAUGGUGGUUUUGAAGCAUUUUUAAGUGGAAACUAUAAAAAGGUACCAGUUCUUAUUGGUUUCAAUUCAGAAGAAACUGCACCUCAAGCUAUAUUAAAUGGCGUAGCCGCAAUACUACUAGGAAGCGUGGAUAGGAAUCCAGGCCAACUGGUAGAUAGAAGAAUAAAUAUGUCACCCGAAGAUAGAGCAACCGCUGGUAGUUUAUUGAAACAAUUAUAUACACGUAAUACUAGUUUUAGGGAAGAUUUUGGCGGGUAUAUAAGGCAUUCCAGUGACCAGUUAUUUGCGAAUGGAAUAUGUAAACAAGUUGAACUAGCGUCUCCCAAUAUGCCAAACUAUUUGUAUCAAUUUGCUUACAAAGGAGAAAUAGGCCAAGAAACGUGGUUUUUGCCAUUUUUGCCUCCAGAUGUAGAAAAAGUUGCCCAUGUUGAAGACACUCACUAUUUAUGGGACGAUGGAAGUACCACUGAUCUUAGUAAAUUCCCAAAAUCAGACCAACUUGUUCUGCACAAGUAUGUCAAACUGUGGACUAAUUUUGUCAAAUUUUACAACCCAACACCUAAAUCCGAUGCAUUUUUGGAUAACGUGAUCUGGGAACCAUCCGAACCGAAUUCUUUAAGAUAUCUAAAUAUUAAUGAAACUUUGAGUAUGCAAGAAAAUCCAAGACAAUACAAAGAAGUUAACGAGAUUAUGGAAAAGUACAUGCAGCCACCUUUUGUAUUAUUUGGUUAAAUAAAUAUAAAAUUUUUUAUGUUAA